AUGGCAUCGACCUCAGCCUCAGCAUCAGCAUCAGCUUCGACCUCCUUUCUGCACUCCUCCGCUGCAGCUCGCGCCACGACGCCCCCACUCGACUCGAUUCGACCCAACUCGGCUUCCUCCCCAGCUCAGAGCGCACCUCCACCCACGACCGACGCACACGCACGACCGACCGCUGACGAUGCUGCACAGUCCGAUCAUCGCGAACCGGAUACCGAGUCCGAUGGCUUCGAUGACGAUGACGAUGACGAUGACGAUGACGAUGACGAUGACGAGCGCGGCCUUCCUCCUCCGGUGGGGAUGAGACCCGCUUCCAAAGUCGCCGCUGCCAUCGCGGAAGCAGCUACUACUACUCCUACUACUCGUACCCAAUCCCACCGCACUGCUCGUCGAGCCGAAGCGUCCGUUUUGGACUUGACCGACGAUCAAGCCGAACGAUCCUCCGCCGCCCAAGACGACGACCAAUCGUUGCUCAUCCUCCACUCUUCCCCACCUCAACCGCCGCCGACCCCUCGCCCAUCCAAACGUCCCCGUCCCCGUCCCCGUCCCCGCUCCCGCUCCCACUCCCGCUCUCACUCUCGAUCACCUUCCCAACAACCCACUUCAAGCCCACCUCCGAGCAGCCUAUCGAACCUAAGCUGUCCGAUCUGUUUCGGACCUCCCGUACCGAUCGCCGCCACUUCCUGCGGACACGUUUUCUGCGCACCCUGUUUGCACGCCGCCUUAUUGGCCGGUCCCGAACUAACGCCUCCACCUCCCGGAAGAGGAGUCGAAGGUGAUCCUAUACCGAAUGGAAUACCUUUCGGUAGACGAUUAGGUCCUGCAGCAGCACCAGGAGCAGCAGCAGCAGGAGGAGGAGGAGGAGGAAUUUUUAAUCCUUCCCGAGCAAGGGGUAGAGCUCGCGGUGCGGCAACAACUACGAAUAAUCAAAGUCGAUCAUCCCGUGGAGGAGGUCCUCACGCGCAUCAUCGAACGGCUUGGGGGGAACGAAUCGAAAACGAUGACGACGACGACGACGACGACGACGACGACGACGACGACGACGAUGGUGAGGAAUUGGAUGAUUAUGGGGUUUACCCUCCACCGAAUAGGAAUAGGCAACACGUUCCUCUUCCUCCUGCACCACCGCCACCACCACCACCACCGGGUGAAUUGGAUAAACAUUGUCCGGUGUGUAGGAAACCUUUGAGAGGUGGGGUCAGUCCAAGUCCAGUACGAUCGGGCGGGGGUCGGGGGAGAGUGGUAAGUAAGGGUAUUUCUUUUGAAAACUGAUUCUCGAGCGCCCCCCGGUGGUUGUACAGUGGGGAAGGGCCUUGCGUGGUGUGGUGUUGAGGAUGGAACCGAAGAAAUCGAAGGAAACCGUUUCGGGAUCGGGGAAGGGAAAGCUCAUGGAAGGGGAUUCGGAUGUAGAAGGAUCAGGAGCAGGAGCAAAUGGGGAUGUUGGGAUAGGCGCAAGUUGGAAUGGGGGAGCACGCUGA